AAAUCAUUUAAAAAAUGAUGUACAGCUCGGUGUGAUAUCGCAGGUAUUUAAUGGGCCAUUUUGGGUACGAGAUGACUUCAAUAAUAUUCAGAAGAAAUUUAUUUCGAAUUUAUCAAAGAAGAUUGUGUCUGUGUAUUCUCGUCUCCAAGAGAUUCCUGAUUGGGUUUGUACUCGGCAGUUUAACUACUUUAUUAUUACUGACGCCACCGACCUCUGUGUUCUUGUUUUACACAUCUAAUCAAAUUUUAAGUGAAGAUCGUACGCGAGCAAUAAUUAAUGCGCCAGAUAUUAACUGGCCCAGUCGACAAGUUUUCUCAUCCACACCUUCUGAAGAAUUGAAUAAGCGCAACCGAAUUUUGUGUUGGGUCAUCACGUCACCCAAAACGCAUUCGAGAGCGCAGUUGAUCAAGCAGACGUGGGGCAGGAGAUGCGACAAAUUAUUGUUCAUGAGCUCCACUCAAGACGACAUCUUACCGGAAGCUAUUCCACUUCCUGUGAACGACACUUAUGCAAAUUUGUGGGGCAAGACUCAAGAGGCUCUGAAAUAUCUUUAUCGACAUCAUUUGGAUGACGCAGAAUGGUUCUACAAGGCCGACGACGACACGUACGCAGUGAUGGAAAACAUGCGCCAUCUCUUAUCGUCUUUCAACGCUUCGAUGUCGCUUCACUUGGGAUUCAAAUACGAACAUCCCAAGGUCCGGCAGGGGUUCAUGUCCGGUGGUUCCGGUUAUGUUUUAACCAAGGAAGCCAUCCGCCGUUUCGUCGAGUUCAAGAGCAAUUCUACUUCCGGCAGUCAAUGUGUUCUCAAUCACGAGGGAGCAGAGGAUCUUAAUUUGGGAAUUUGCCUGGAAGAAUUGAACGUGACGACAGUUGAUUCCCGCGAUGAGAAUAAAGUCGAGCGCUUCCUGCCGUGGAGUUUGGAAGACAUGAUAUGCGGACACCUGAAAAAUCCUGGAUUUUGGUACCUAAGGGAAUUUUCGUACUACCCUCUCAAACAGGACAUGAACUGCUGUUCGCCCUAUGCAGUCGCCUUCCAUUACGUCAAAGAUUAUCAGCUUAAAGUCUACGAAUAUCUCAUCUACGGGUUGCGCAUUUACGACAAGUGACUGAAUUCUCAAUCUACAAUAUUGAAUUAUUUUAAAGAUGUACCAUCUAUCGCAUCUAAAUUGCUUAUAAAUACAAACGAUAUAAAGCU